AUGAUUGUCAACAGGUUUACAAUCGUCGUUUACCAGCUGUAUUUUACAGUAUUUGCUGUAAUUGCCAUAAUUCUCGGAAUUCUCACCAAAGGCACUCGAUAUUUUGCACAAAAGAAAAGAGAAAAACCGAAAUGUCUUGAGGGAUGGGACAGUCGAUUCAUUCAAUUGAAGAACAUCCGAUUGCACUAUGUUCAAACUGGUUCCGAUGACAAACCGUUGAUGCUGUUCGUUCAUGGUUACCCCGAGUUUUGGUAUUCUUGGCGGUUCCAAUUGAAGGAAUUCCAGCAUGAUUAUAGAUGUAUAGCAAUUGACCAGAGGGGAUUCAAUUUGUCGGACAAACCACCCCGCAUCGAGGAUUAUAAUCCCAGAGAGCUCACCAACGACAUCAAGAAUUUCAUUGAGGCUCUGGGUUACAAGUCUGCAAUAAUAGUAGGACACGACUGGGGAGGUGCUAUCGCCUGGUUGUUCGCCGAAUAUUAUCCUGAAAUGGUUGAAAAGCUAAUUUGUUUGAAUAUCACGCGGCCGGCCACACUUGUCAACCAUUUCCGGAAUUCGUAUGAGCAAUUCAAAAAGAGUUGGUACUUCUUUUUCUAUCAAACUCCAAAACUUCCGGAAAUUCUAAGCAACGCUGAGGAUAUGAAAUUGCUCGAAUUUUUCUUCAGGUCAAAAGAAAUGGGUAUUAGAAAUCAAGAGAAUUUUACUGAUGAAGAUCUCGAAGCUUGGAAAUACGCAUAUUCAAAUAAUGGGGCUUCAUUCGAAUAUCCAAUCAAUUAUUACCGUAACGCUUUUGACCCAAUAUGGUUGUAUGGGGAGGAGGACAUCUUGAAUAUGCCAGUAUUAGUGAUUUGGGGCACAGACGAUGCCGCUCUCGGAAAAGAGUUGGCUGGAUUGAGCUUAAAGAAGCUGACCAACGGCAGAGCCGAGUAUGUUCCAGGUGCUUCGCAUUGGGUUCAACAGGAUGCUCCAGAAGUCGUUAACAAAUUAAUGCGCGAGUUUUUGGCUCAACAAUAA